UAUUCGUAAACCGCUUCAUUUUCAUAAUCGUAUACGCAAUAAUUGCACAUAGAAAAGACUGAAUUCUGUAGAGUUGAAUUCGGCUGUGAAUUCUAAACAGAACGCGACAAAAUCGCAAGUAUUGUUAAGGUUUUGUGAUAAAGCAAAAAUUGCAUCAAAAGACACUUUACAGUAAUUGUGUCGGUUUUAAGAAAAUAAUCUUUUAAUACUUUUCACGGUUUCACAAUUUCGAUAUUUUGGAUUGUUUGGCGAAUUACGUUACGUACUUGUAAAUUCUUAACGCUACUUUUUUUGUAGAUUGUUAUAAUUAGUCAUUCCUUCUUUCAAUUGCAAGAAGUAAAGAUCAUAAAAUUAGUUAGUUUGCUUUAGAAAUGUCUUCGCUUACGGAGGGGAAAGUUAUCAUUUGUAAGGCUGCCGUAGCUUGGGAGGCAAAGAAGCCCCUUGUAAUCGAAGAGAUUGAAGUAGAACCGCCUAAUUCACAUGAAGUUCGCAUUAAAAUUUUUGCAACUGGCGUUUGCCAUACGGAUGCGUACACUUUGAAUGGAUUUGAUCCUGAAGGCAAAUUCCCUGUCAUUUUGGGACAUGAAGGCGCUGGUGUCGUAGAGAGCGUAGGUCAAGAUGUUACUAAAUUUAAAGCUGGUGAUCAUGUAAUACCCACUUACAUACCACAAUGUAACGAAUGCAAAUUUUGCAAUAGUAAGAAGACUAAUUUAUGUCAAAAAAUUCGAGUUACUCAAGGUCAAGGAGUAAUGCCGGAUGGUACAACAAGAUUUUCUUGCAAUGGACAAAAGAUAUUCCAUUUUAUGGGUACUUCGACGUUUUCCGAAUACACCGUGGUAGCGGAUAUAUCCUUGUGUAAAGUUAAUGAAAAAGCUCCGAUGGAUAAAGUCUGUUUAUUGGGAUGUGGUAUUCCUACUGGUUAUGGGGCCGCAUUGAAUACUGCGAAAGUUGAAGCUGGCACGUCUUGUGCUAUUUGGGGUUUGGGCGCCGUUGGGUUGGCCACUGCGUUAGGUUGUAAAAAAGCCGGAGCAUCAAAAAUCGUAGGCAUUGAUAUAAAUUCGACCAAAUUUGAAUUAGCUAAGAAAUUCGGCUUUACCGAAUUUAUAAAUCCUAAUGAUAUAGAGGAUAAAGAAUCCAUUCAAAGUUACCUUCUUGAGAAAUACGAUGGUGGUUUCGACUAUACCUUUGAAUGUAUUGGUAACGUCGAUACGAUGCGAGCUGCAUUAGAAGCUUCCCACAAGGGUUGGGGUACUUCGGUUAUCAUAGGCGUUGCUGCCGCCGGUCAAGAGAUUAGCACUAGACCCUUCCAAUUAGUGGUUGGACGCACUUGGAAAGGCACAGCUUUCGGUGGAUGGAAAAGCGGAUCAGAUGUCCCUAAAUUAGUAGAGGAAUACAUGCGUCAGGAAUUGCUUGUUGAUGAAUUUGUUACACACACUAUGGAAGUUGAAAAAAUUAAUGAUGCUUUCGAAUUGAUGCAUGAGGGUAAAAGUAUACGAAGUGUGGUGAAAUUUUAAAUCUAAUGAUUUAUAAAGAUUAUAAUCUAAUUGCACAAGGGCAUCAGUCAACCACUGCUUAUUUCUAAUAAAUUAUUUUGUAUGUCAAAUGCUAA